AUGAUGAAAAUAUUCUUUGUGGCUACAUUUGCUUUCCUCACCGCUAUAGGCGAGGUCUCAGCUCGUGGAGUUGGAGCAGGCGACGGUGGCCAUGGAGUGGCUGCUGGCCAUGGGGUGGGCAGUGGAGGGGGCAGUGGAGGGGGCAGUAGCACGCCUAAUUACGCGACGGAAACUGCUAAAGUGACGCGCUAUUUAACCUCGUGCAAUGAGCCUAGCAUUAAAUAUUGCAAGGCACUUGAUCAAGGCUGGGACUGUGCUAUGGUCCAACAAAGCCCUGGCCAAGAUGCUAUACCUAUCUGCCAUACAUAUGAUACUCAGUUCACUAAUGACGCUGAAGAUGUGAUCAACUGCGGCCAAGCUUGCAGUCUCAACAAUCUGCCAAACACUGGCUACUAUGUCCCUGAGUAA